CAGAAGAAAGACUGAAAGAGUUAAAGAUGAAGUCAGAGACAUUAACAUUAGUGUUAGUGAAUCUAGCAGGGAUAAUGGAAAGAGCCGAUGAAUCGUUAUUACCAGGUGUUUACAAAGAAGUAGGAGCAGCUUUACAUACUGAUCCAACUGGUUUAGGUUCAUUAACUCUGUUCCGUUCUAUUGUUCAAUCUCUAUGUUAUCCAUUAGCAAUGUAUCUUGCUGUUCGUCAUAAUCGUACUCAUGUUAUUGCUCUUGGUGCUUUUCUAUGGGCCGCUGCUACAUUCUUGGUUGGAUUCUCUUCCACAUUCUUUCAGGUGGCUGUUUCACGUGGUUUGAACGGUAUUGGACUAGCUAUGGUUACACCAGCCAUUCAAUCCCUUGUUGCUGAUUCUACAGAGGACCAUAACCGCGGUGUAGCUUUCGGCUGGCUUGGACUAACAGGAAAUAUUGGCUCAAUUCUAGGUGGCCUUUUGUCAAUUCUUCUAGCUUCAACAUCGUUCAUGGGUAUUGCUGGUUGGAGAAUCUCAUUCCAUCUCGUUGCAAUUUUAAGCAUCAUAGUUGGAAUUUUAGUGCGAUUAUAUGCUAAAGAUCCUAUGUUUGUAAAGAAAAAAAGUGUGAAUGGGGAUUCAAGUCCAGGAAAAUCAUUAUCAUUAGAGUUGAAGGAAUUUUUUGAAGAAGCAAAAUCCGUGGUGAAAAUCCUAUCCUUCAAGAUUUUAAUAGCACAGGGUGUUAGUGGAUCAUUUCCAUGGUCCGCUUUGGCAUUUGCGCCAAUGUGGUUAGAACUCAUUGGCUUCACCCACAAAGAAACAGCUUUUCUCUGGAGUAUGUUUACGGUGGCUGGUUCAAUUGGAGCACUUUUUGGAGGAAAGAUGGGAGAUAUACUAUCUGUAUGUCUCCCGAACUCUGGCAGGAUCAUUUUAUCUCAGAUAAGUGCAGGUUCAUUCAUCCCACUAGCAUGGAUUCUGAUGUUUGGAUUACCUGAUGAUCCCUCUACUGGACUCAAACAUGGUAUGGUUUUGUUCAUCAUGGGUCUGUUCACGUCAUGGAAUGCUGCUGCAACAAACAACCCAAUAUUUGCAGAGAUAGUUCCCAAGAAAUCUCGAACAAGCAUUUAUGCUUUGGAUCAAUCUUUUGAAUCUGUGUUAGCCUCUUUUGCUCCUCCAAUAGUCGGAAUUCUGUCCCAGCAUGUUUUUGGUUAUAGACCUGCUCCUCGAGGGUCAAGUCAAUCAGUUGAGGUCGAAACCGAUAGAAAAAAUGCAGCGUCACUAGCCAAGGCACUUUACAUAUCAAUAGCAAUUCCAAUGAUUAUUUGCGUCCUCAUUUACUCCUUCCUAUACUGUAGUUACCCUAAAGACAGAGACCGCGCAAAAAUGAACGCACUAAUUGAAUCGGAAAUGCAGCAGCUGGAAUCGGAUAAACUUCCAAUUGAGGGAAAAUACUCUCAGAUUCAGGCUUCUGAAGUUUAUGAAAAGGAAACUGUGAUUGAACUGGACUACGAAGUGAAGGAUUGCCUCGAAGUCGAUGAUAGUGACGAAAAGACCCUACUUACCCGUGAAAGCAAUUCGGGUGAGAUUGAUUAAUUUGUUAAUGACGCUAAACAUACAAGUCCUGCUGUCAAAGAGCUUUGGGUGGUUGCAGUAUUUGGUGGAAUGGUUGGGAUAUGGGUGAUGAGAAAUGCUAUCAUUUUGGAAGAUGCAAGUUGGUCUUUACAUAAGAUUAAAGAGAAAAUUGUGCAAAGUGUGUAUGUAAGCGGAGGAUGUUUGGUAAUAUGUUAAACUGUAUAUGAACUUCAGUUGCUCCAGUUUUGGGGUUGUUUGCAGGCAUAUCAGAAGGGAGAGAAAUUAUUGAAUGCAGGGAGAUUGGUGUGAUGGGGCAGCUGGAGGCAAUCCAGGUUUGGCUGGGGCUGACUUCAUUUGCAGAAAAGAUAAAGGUGAAUUUGUUUACGCAGUGUCUGUUGGUUUGCGAAUUUUAGACAACUACGUGGCUGAGUCGAUGGCAAUUCUUUUGGAUCUGGAGUGAGCAUGUACAAUAGGUUUCUUGCUGUUCAGCUUGUUUCAGAUUCUAAAAGUGUGAUUCAGAGCUUUUUCAAUAAUGAAGAAGUGCUGUGGAUAAUCGUAGCUCGUUGGAAGAGAAUUAGAAUCCAGUUUAGCCAUGUGCACAGGGAGGAGUUAAACUUUUCGGCGGAUAAACUUGCUAAGAUGGGCCCUGCUUUGGCUUGUGGUGUUAGUGUGAUUAGUUCAGUUUGUUUUUAGAUUAUAAUUAAUUAAAUAAUGCGCGCGUUAUAGCACCAGGGCUAUCCACAUCUAUGUAAGAAAGGCCCAACAAAAUAAAUGAUAUAAAAAAAACCCAAAAUACCCGAACUGUCUGAAACGCCCCUUGUUUUUUUCCAGCUUUCCCAACUCAUUUCAUCGAUUCUAUCGUCA